CGGAUUUCUGGACCCAAUUCUUCACCCCUCACCAUACAUCACACUUCACACCGGAUUUAACCCCCACAAUUGCGCCGUAAUGGUUAAGCGAAAGAGAGGCGGGCUCGUGAAGCUCACAAAUCUGUGCCUUCCCAUUUCCCAGGGCUCUCAUUGGAUGUGGUGACGAGUGCUAAUAAUCCUCCAACAGCCCCAUGCUCCAAAACCUCAUCCGCCGCGACCCGCCCUCCUACCGCGAAGAAUUUAUCCUGCAAUACCGGCACUAUGAGUCGCAGCGCGAUAUCUUCAUGUCCCAGCCAGAGGGCAACUCCGGCGAGACCUUUGCGGAUCUAGUCGGGUUCAUGUCGCAAGUGACUAGCUGUUACCCAGACCUGACAGAGGACUUCCCGAGUGACUUAGCCGGACUACUGUCAAAGCAUCACAACGUCCUCCACUACGAGCUUCGAGAGAAACUCGUCCAAAGUCUGGUAUUGCUCAGGAAUAAGGACGUUAUCCCUUCUACGACGCUUCUGCAAACCCUUAUCCCUAUUCUAACGGCUACUACGAGCAAAGCACUUCGCACACAGAUCUACUCUGCCAUUACUAGUGAUUUGCGCAAUUCAAAUGCGAAGGCCAAGAACCACAAAUUGAAUAAAACGGUGCAGACGGUGUUGUUCGGGCUUGUGGAGGCGGGUAAGGACGAUGCUGGAUCUACGGCGGGUCUGUGGGCGGUGAAGUUGACGAGGGAAUUGUGGAAAAGGAGAGUGUGGGAUGAUGCGAGGACUGUGGAGAUCAUGAAGGAAGCGAGUCUCUGUGCCAAUCCGAAGGUUAUGGGUGGUGGGAUCCGCUUCUUUCUAGGCGUUGAUCAGGAUAUGGAGGAGCAGGAGGAUAGUGAUGAUGAUGGAGCGGUAGAUAUUGGACGGGCGAAGCAUCAGGCUGGAAUUAAUAAGAAGACAAAUAAGAAGAGAAAGCAAUUGGAGAAGGCGUAUGCUCUAUUGAAGAAGGUAAGUUUUGAUCCAUAUUACCUCGCUUACGUGAAUAGUUUUGCUAAUGUCCCCUGCAUUUUCUAGAGAGAGAAGAAUAAGAAUAAGCCGCAUCCGCUGAACUUUUCUGCUCUGCAUUUACUCCAUGACCCCCAGGGUUUUGCGGAGGCUCUGUUCUCAAAACACCUCCCUCGUAAUAAUAAACUUACGAUGGAACAAAAGCUGCUUGUCCUCCAGUUGACAUCCCGUCUAGUUGGUUUACAUAAGCUCAGUGUGUUGGGAUUGUACUCCUAUCUACUGAAGUUUCUUACUCCCCGCCAGCGGGAUGUUACACAAUUCCUUGUCUGCUGUGCCCAAGCUUCUCACGACCUUGUCCCGCCAGAUGUAUUGGAGCCCAUAGUUAAGAAGAUUGCGGAUGAGUUCGUCUCGGAGGGUGUUGCGGCUGAGGUUGCUACGGCUGGGUAAUAUUAUUCACUUCGCUCGACCACAAUAUAUGCUAACUUUAAUGAUCUAAUAGUCUUAACGGCAUUCGUGAGAUCUGUGCACGAGCUCCGCUAGCUAUGAAUGCUACACUUCUCCAGGAUCUUACCGAAUACAAGGGCUCUAAAGACAAGGGUGUCAUGAUGGCGGCGCGGGGUCUGAUCGGAUUGUUCAGAGAAGUCGCACCUGAAAUGUUAAGAAAGAAGGAUAGAGGGAAGGUAGCAGCCAUGGAUAUGAAGAACAGGGAGGCUCUCCGCUUCGGAAUAGAAAAGGAGGGAGUAAUCGAAGGCCUAGAACUCCUUGAACAGUGGAAAGCCGAGCAAAAACAAAUUAAAAAGGCCGCAGCAGGGGAGAUCGAAGCCAGAGAUGACGAAGAAGGGGGACAUGAAGAAGAAUGGGAAGCCGAGGAGGACGGCGAAUCGGAGGACGACUCAAACUGGGCAGGGUGGGAGGUUGAGGAAGAUGAUAGUGGGGACAAUGAGACAGGGUGGAUCAACGUGGCAAGUGACGACGAAAUCGAAAUCAGUGACUCGGAUGAAGGCGAAGACGACAAGCCCAAAAAGAAAACCAAAGUCGAUUAUGAGGAAGGGGAGGGCUCACUGGGAGAAGUAGAGGUGGAGAGAAAUGUAUCAACGCUAGCGACUAGCAAAAUCCUCACACCAGCAGACUUUGCAAAGCUAGUGGAAUUAAGGACUGCAGCAGGGUUAGAGAGACUCAUGGGUAAAAAGUAAUACCUCUCAUGUUCCAGAUCUAGGCUGCGCUACCUUGGGAUAAUAUAACAUUACUAACAUACUCUUUAGAAUCACAAACGAAGAUGCCGUCGACGCAGAUGCUAUCAAGGGCCCACAAAAACGCGGAAAAUCUGAUAAAGAGGCCCGGCUCGUGGCAGUCAUGGAAGGCCGCGAAGGUCGGGAGAAGUUCGGCUCCAAGAAGGGGAAACGUGACAAGACGCAUAGCACUACGAAUAAGGAGAAGGCCCGGAAAAAGAACUUUAUGAUGACGAAGAGUAAGGCGAAGGGCAAGCAGAAGAGGAGUUUGGUGGAGAGGCAACGGGUACUCAGAGCGCAUGUGGAGAAGCAGAAGAAAUCGAAGAGGAGGGGAUAGGCUGGCUUGGAACCUGUAUGUAUGUAGGUUUGGUAAUCACGGGGUGCGAUUUCACUUGUAUCAUAACCCUCAAAUUUUGUACUAGUAUAAUAAUAAUAUUAUAGAAUAAUUGCCAAUUAAGGAAUAUUGGUAUCCGCAAGGCUGCUGGAUACCCACUCCUCUUGGCACGUGUCAUCUAAGAAUUCGAAAUUGGAAA